AGUGUGUGUAUGUAUGGCUGUGCGGGCUGUACUGCGGUACGGGUGACGCUAAUUUUUCAACACAGCCACAGGCAUCGCAAACGCAUGCGGAGCUGCCGAGAACGUUUUCAUCACUUGUGAAGCUCGUGCGCGGUUUUUGAUCACUGGCGCGCCCCUGGCUACGCUCUGGCGUCCCGCACAUGGCACAGCUGCGGCUGGCUGCCGUGGUGCCCUGACGUUUUGUUCUUGCUUCGUUUCGCAUUCGGUGCGUUGCGCAAGAAAGCAGCGCCUUGUCGCUGUGUUCAUGUGUGUUUUGUGGUGGGACGAAAGUUGUGCUGCGUACGAUGAGGCGCGGCUCGGGCGCUCGCGAGACGGACAACGGCAAGUUUUUGUUUUCGCAUCGGCCGAAACUUUUUUGAGAGCGUGCGCACCGUGCCUUUGUGGACCAGUGGAGUGAAAGGGUUUGACGUUGUUCCGAACGGCGGAGAAUGGGGCCGAUGGCUCUCGAGGCGAAGUUGAAGAGCCUCCCCGGUUGAUGCGGUGUUGAGAGGGAGGCCCCGCUUUUUGGAGCAUGGGCCGUGGCGACGCCCGUUCGGACUCGGACGAUUCCGUGCAGUGGGAAGAAUUUUUCGGCCCAUCGCUUGAGAUCAGCGCCUCCCUGCUUGCCAUGUACGACAGCCUAGCAUCGGAGCUGCGCUCGGAUGGCUCUACCUGCCCGCCGCCUGCUGCAGCAUGUCGGCCACUCAGCUCAAGCUCAGACUGCUCCUCAUCCUCCUCCUCAUCAUCAUCACUCUUGCCUCCUGGACUGGGUGGCGUAAAGAAGUCUUAUCUGGCAAGCGUUGAGAGCCUGGAAGAUGAUGUUCCUGCAGCACUUCGUGGGAACCGAACGCUCUGUCGCACUGCAUUCACUGACAGCAGUGCUGUGGCCAUGCAUAGAAGCCUACUCAGCCAUCCCCACAUUGGCAGCGUAGGCCCUGACCAGCCAAGCUACUUGGAUCGUGUUCUGCUUGAAGUGGUGGACACCGAGAGGACAUACGUGCGUGACAUUGGUGCCAUUGUUGAGGGAUACCUGAAGCCAUUGUCUCAGCUGACUGAUAGCAAAAUAAAGCCAGAGGAGCUGAAGAGCCUGUUCGGCAACAUUGAGCGCAUCUAUGCAUUCAACAGUGGCUUUCUGGCGCAGCUGGAAAAGUGUGGCUUUGACCCAGUCUCCAUUGCUCGAUGCUUUGUGGCCCACAGCAGUGGCUUUUCUGUCUACACAGAGUUCUGCACAAGUUAUCCAACAAUGGUAUCAACCCUUACUGAACUGGUUGGCAAAGCAGAGACAGCGGAAAUAUUCAAGGCACGCCAGACGUCACUGCACCACAGCCUGCCCCUGGGAUCCUACUUGCUGAAGCCUGUGCAGAGGAUUCUCAAGUACCACCUCCUCCUUCAGAACAUAUUGAAGCACGUGGACAAGGAGAGCCCAGGCUACCCCGAUGUGAAGAAUGCCCUGUCUGUUAUGACAGGCAUAGCGUACCACAUCAACGACAUGAAACGGAGGCACGAACACGCUGUGCGAGUGCAGGAGAUACAGUCACUUCUUUACGGAUGGCAGGGUGAGGACCUGACCACUUUCGGGGAGUUGGUGGCCGAGGGCUGCUUCCGCAUGCUGGGUGCCAAGGCCCUGCGGCACCUGUUCCUUUUCGACAAGCUGCUGCUGGUGGCCAAGCAGCGUGAGCAGGGAAUCCUGCACUACAAGACACACGUAGUGUGCUCCAACCUGAUGCUCAUCGAGAGCAUACAGGGGGAGCCCCUCUGCUUUCAAGUGGUGCCCUUCAACAGCCCCGACUACCAGUACUCCUUCCAGGCUCGUAGUUUGGAGCAGAAGCGUGAAUGGUGCCUGCAGCUGAAACGAGCCAUCAUUGAGAGCUUCAGUGCUGUCAUACCGAGCCAUGCCAAGCAGCUGGUGUUGGAGCUUGGCCAAAAUGACAGAGGCCCGAUGUGCGAGAGGGGACCAAUGAGAAAGACGCUUGGUGCACCUGAGUACUUGAAGAGACGCAGGUACGACCGACGCAAGUCUGAAAGCAGCCUUCAGAGAGCCCUGCAGUUGUCACGAGGGUCAAGAAAGGCUCGCCUCACCAAGUCGUGUUCCUGUCAGCCGGUUUCAUGCCAGAGAAUCAACGCACCGAACCCUGCAGAGUUUCACUACAGUCCAGAGUAUACCAAACCUGGUGCGACAAUGACGACCAGUCAGAAUUUCAGUCCAGGCUCACCCACGUCGUCGAGGCUUGACACCUCGUGUUAUGCAGGAAAGCCAGAGGCAAGGGCAGAUAAAAGGCUCGAAUCAAGAAGUUCCAGUGAGGAGCCGUGGUUGCCCUGUAAGCAGUGUCCUAGAACUAGCGUGGACACCAGUGACACCGAAAACGAAGACGGUGCCUGCAUGGUAGACGUACGUAGACUUCUCCGCUAUAGGCCGCCUGUGCGCUCGCCAAGCUAUUGCACCAAUGAAUACCCGGGCGAAUAUGUCACUUUUGAAUUUGCUAGUCAGCACAUAAGCCAGCAGUCCUACGGCAGUACCUGCUGCGCUCCUGCUGAUGCCGACUAUACCGCAAUCUGUGCGAGGCUCGGUGUCCAUACUUCAACUCAAUCUCCCGGCAAACCUGUUCACAGGAGCCACUCCUUCAGUGAGACAGUGCUUUCCGAGACAGUUUGCCCGGAGGAAAGCGAGAUUCAGAACCCUCGACGACUCAGAAAGGAGAACAGUGUGCCAGAAGAUUGGUUGAACAGUCUCGAGGAACACCUCCCUCCAAACGCUUGCAAGAGGUGCGGGUCACUUCCGCGCAGUUUCCGUCAUGACGUCCCAAGCUCGCCUAGCGAGACGGGCUCUACCAAAACGCACCAGCUCAGAGCUCGCAUGGAGCGACUCCGACAGCAAGCCCCAGAGCAGCGCCCAUUCACUAUAGCAUCAGACCAGCCCUCCCGAGCAGACUUCGUUGACGGGCCAACCGGCUACAUGCCGCAGGGAAGCAGCCAGUUCAGCAGUCAGGAACUUAACUCUGUAGAAAAUCUCACGGCCUCCGUGGUUCAUCCCGAGCACAGAAUAUACCGCCGCGACGCUUUGCAUGGGGGCUCUUGGCGAAGUACACUCUUAGGCCUGGGUACAAAGCUGACGCGUGGCUUGUGGUCACCUCACCCGAACGAAAGCCCCACACGCAGCAACGAAGGUCACCUAAGCCAUGGAUCGAGUCGAGACAGCGUUCGGAGCAAUGAUUCUCGGCAGCUUAAUGUGAUCGGCACGUUUGGCAGAGCUUGCGCAAGCGUUAUAAGUUCCAAGACGAGGCAUUUUCCACGGCUCUCAAGUGUGCACGGUGUGCAGGGCAAUUCCUCAGCUGCAGCUCGAAUCGCUCGGCAGCGAGAGCCCGAUUAUUGCAUUCCACAGACCAUUCUAGCCAUACUGAGCAAAAACCAAAGUGCCACCGGCACUGAUGGUUCGCAGCCAGAGGCCUACAGGAGUUCCGAGGCCAACAGGAGUCCCGAGGCCCCAUCGUCUAUUCCGCACUCGGCCAGUGUUGUGCUGGACGACGACACAGACUCCGAGAACAGCGAUUCCUCGGCAGACAGUUACUACGAGAGAAACUUUGAGGCCAUCGAAGACAUCCUGGCUGACGACAUGUUUCGUGACUCAGCAAUUUACAGCGAUCCAGAGGAGGUCAGUGGCAGUGAACGUGACAUUGCAGUGAAACAGGGUCGUAGGGCUGAUAACGACAAGCUUCAAACUGCGGCGGAAAAACAGCCUGAGGAUUGUAACCCAGUUGAUCAGCAGCAAGUGCCCGCGUCAUCCAGCUUGUGCCCAUCAUCCCCCGCCCCGGCACCAGUGACUUGUCGGCAGAAAGGCUGGGUUAAGCAUAUCGUUAACAAGUUCCAGGCAAAUAUGGCAUCUGACUCCUAGUCCCCAUUCACGUGUGCCUAUUUUAGAUGUCCAAUGCAGCAUGAACCAAGAAAAGUGCGUUCCGUGCUUCAAUGCUUUAGUUAUAUGCCCGACAGGUGUCCGGGAUUUGAACUUCACUCGGAACGAUGUCUGUGGUGCAACACACUGCCGGCAGCUCACUUUAUUAUAACCCCGUUCAUGGGGGCACCAAGACAGUCACUUGCAUCACAUAGCAGCACAUUGGACUGUGGUAGGUCAUUACUUUGGGUCCAAUUCAUAAUACUCUGCAUAGCAGAAUAAUUUUCUCCACUCAUAACUCGUGGAUGCUGAUGUGGCAAAGCUGCUCUACCGCAUCGAGUAACUACAUAUGAACGACUUUUCUUUUGCUGCUUGCAAAUCAUUUUGAACAGUGAUAACGUUAAAUCGGACCUGAUGAAUGGUAAUGCUCUAUUGAGUCUCAAUUAGGCAUCGCUGGUAAUAUAGGUAUUUGCUAACUUUUUUGUUGUUUGCACUUUGCAUGUGCUGCAAGGAGGGGCAAGUAAUAAGUGUUCCUUUAUUUUCUCAUGUGCAGUUAUUGAAACUCAGUAAGGAUCAUAUUUUCUACAGCCAUUGUGUUUUGCCCAAUGUCAAGUGUAAACUAUCAGUUUUAGUUUGCUUUUAUGUGGAGUUUUAUAGUUAGUGUAAAUUAGACAAGAUUUUGUCAUCCUUAGAUUUGAAAGAAUUGAAUAGUAUUUCCACAUUUGGGGGCAAGACUGAGCAAGCAAAAGAUAGUUGAAAAAAAUACAGAGCUCCAGAAGUAUGAAGUAGAAUAACUUUUAUAUGUAAUGAAAUUUGCAAAAGAUAGUGUAGCUAGAAAUUGUACAGUCAAUAGAGACAGGCAAACAUUAGGUCUUGCUAGUGAUAUGUUGUGUUCCUUAAUACCAAGCAAAAUGAAAAUGGCCUGAUUGUUAAAAAAAGGUGUUAUUGUGAAGAGAAAUUGCAUUGUCAUGAACGCCUGGGAACAGUGCCUGACAAUUGAGAUGGGUUUGUUGGCUGUAUUGGUCUUGAAAAGUUAAUAGAUGAUGCGAAAACCCUGCAUUUAGCACUAGCAGAGCAAUUUGAAGACUGCAUCGCCCAGUUAGACAGAAGAAAAAAAAAUGAUCUGAAAAUGUUUGUUUGUUUCAUAUUGAAAUGCAACAUGAGCAUGCUUUUAUUAAUACUAGUUGAUGGAAAUUUAUAGAAAAAGAAGGCAAAUAUAUAUCAUCAUAAAAACACAAAAGCUAUUACUGUAUUUCUGUGAUGAUGUGAAUCUUGUCGCACAUUUGCCUAUUUAAAACAUUUUGUCGCGGGUUGUGCGAUCGAAUCCUGGCUGAAGCGACGACGUUUUCAAUGGAGGCAAAAAUGCUUGAGGUCCAUGUGCCUAGAUUUAGAUGCACUCUAAAGAAUCUAGGGUGGUCAAAAUUCUGGAGCUCUCUAUCCACUGUGGCAUCUCUCAUAAUCAUAUUGUGGUUUUGUGAAAUUAAACCUCAGUAAUUAUUAUUAUUUAAAAUGUUAUGAUACAGUCAAACCUCAAUAUAAUGAAGUCAUUCUUGCAACAAAAAAAUUGAUUAGGUUGGAAUUUUUGUUCGGUCGAUGUGAGCAAGUAUCACCACUAAAAAUUUGUAUUCAUUCAGAGGCUGUCCCUGGUGAUGACAUUUUAUUUAUAACUACCUAGCGAGAAUCACUGCGUAAAAGUUGCGCUGAUUGUGUGGUUAAGAAUGCGGGCAUCUCUGGUGGAGACUGCACUCUAGGCAAAGCAACUGUGAAACAUGUGGUGUCCCGUUGUUUCUCGUGGCCCGUACCAUUAUCUAAAUCUUGGAUGCAUCUAUUAAUGGCACCCAGCAUUCGCAGUCGUUUUAGGCGGUGCCCUUAAGAGCAAGGGUGAAAAAAUAGUGAUUCAUUGUCUCAGGGCAUUCUAGUUGAUGCUACCUUUGACGUCUUUUUAUGAACAUGGGCAUUAUGUUUUGCUCAUAUGCCAAAAGUGCAGCCGAUGCUUUUUUUUUGAAGGGUAGCCUGCAUAUCGAAGGUGGCAUCCAGAAUUUUGCUAGCUGCAUAUUAGUUGCCUCUGAGCUCAACCUGAUCGUAAGAAUUCUUGCCUGGCAUGUAUUUUUCUUCCUUGGGCUCUCAGUCAAGCCCUAUACACACUAAAUGAUUUUGAGUCACUUUAUAAAUAGCUUGACACGUUGUGUGAUGCCGUGUGACCAGAAAAAUCUGUCGUUGCACUGAUUGGUCCAAGGCUGAUUUUUGUUGCCAGGAAAAGCACAUCAUCUGUAGCAAGCUAAUCAGAACACACAGUUACGAGAGAUUGCAGGAGAAUGCAUGUAGAGCCGCACACGGCAUGGAAAUCGAAUGUUGCCCGCUGCCCUGCGUAACAGCAGAGCUGAAACACUGCUGGCAUUCCACCAUUGUCAUUGCAACCAUGGCUGCACACAACGAGAGGCAUGACGCAUGUGCACAUGCAUUUCUCCCUUUUUUUUUUCUGGCCAUACUACAGUGCGACUUGAAAUAGUUGGCAGUCACAAUGUGCACGUCAUCACACAACGGAGAGCUUCAGUAGGAACACAGCUGCCUUGUCACUAAUGCAUCAAGCUUUACGCAUGCGACAGAAAACUUCCCAGUGUGAGCGGGGCUUUAUGCUACCAUUCUCUAAGUCUUCAAUCGCAACUGCUCGAGCAUCGCAGGAUGUAAGCUUUUCUAAUUCUAGACACCACUUGCAGAGUCUACAGUAAACAAAAGCAUGUUUUUUAGAUUUGCUACAUUACUCGGAACUAGUGUCAAAGAAAAUUUUUGAAGUUGCUGCAAGCUGCCAUUUUAUGGCCUUCAAGAUGGGCUUUUGGUACUUUGAUGUGUGAACAGCUUUACGGCCUGGGCACUUAGAAAUGCUAAAAGAUGGGAAACACGGGAAAGUAAAACUAGACGAGACAAGUGUGGUAAAGGACGCAGUGGUGUUCUUUUGUGCAAGAUUUGAAUGCACGAAAAACAAUUCGUUGCACAGAGGAUGUUAUCGAAUCAAGGUUCAUUACAUGGAGGUUUGACUGAAGUUCUAAAUAAUGGUGACAUGCUCGAGCACAAUUUCAUUAUAAAUAAGCCUGUCUCAGUCAGUGCCCUUGGUAAUAUAUUUCUUACUGCAAAAAGUAUACCUCUUAUCAACUGCAACUUGUAUAUUUGAAUGUUUGCAGAAUAUGUCAACAUGCUUUUAUGACUAGUGCCAUAAAGUCAUUGGGGCCAACUGAAAAAUGUGAUAGUGCCUGCCAGCAGCAGAAUAUUGCUUGAAAAUUUCUAGAAUGAAUAUGGAAUUGAUAUCAAGAGCCAUUAUAAAAAUUAGUACGUACAAGAUUUUAUAACUGACUGUUUGCAAAACUAUGUUGUGGCAUCUAGUUUCGUGAAAGGUCACUUGUUGUCCCUUUUAAACUAAUGUGCACAAAUGUUUUCACUACCAUUUGUUGAUAGAGAUGCUAUUUCAGUUGACAAAUCGGAUCACUAUUUGAUGAAGUUCUUAGAUUGAAAGUCUGCUCCACCCAGCCACAUGGAUUAAAUACAUUGUAGAUGAAACAUAACUUUUUUUUUAAUCAGUUACUAGCAAUGAUAUCAAAUAAAAGAGCACUUUGGACAGGACAGCUUGAAGCGAUGACAGGAAUUUGCCCUGUACAAAGCACUUCCCUUUGAUAAUGUACAAGCCACCUAUGACUAGCAAUGUUUUUGCAUUCCCUGUGCUACUGACUUUUAAAAGUGGCUGGAGGUGAAGCUUCAUAUCGAGGAACACAGGCAACAUUAAUAGACAACAGACUCACUACACCUUCUUUGCGACAAGCACUUUUUACAGAACAUAAUCACCAUGCCCAUCAUUGUGGGCAUUAGUAGUAAUAUAUGUCAAGUGCCAACAUUUAGAAUAUUUGUAUAUUCAUGGGCUGUUCUCUCCCAAGGUGCUGCUCUUGUAAAUAUCUUCUCUCAUACAAUGCAACUGAAUACAAAUCACAAAAGCAUUGCAGUAUCCUCAACUCUGCAUUCUGCCCCUUGUUAUGCUCUUUAGCUGACUAAAUGAAAAUCGACCACAAGUUUUUCAAUUUGCGCAAGCUUGUGUGUGAUGAGGGGGAAUAAUCGAGCGUAAACUAGAUACGGUUUGUUUAUUAAGAAAAAGUCGCAGCAGAAGCUCAUUUGUGCGCAUGUCUUUCUUCCUAAAGCAGAAUGGAACAUGAAUUAAGACAGGACAUAGUGAAGAUGGCAUAUUUGUAUGCCUUUGAAAAACCAUUAAUAUCCGAAGGUUAAUGGCACCUGCCAAAAGAUAACUGGUGUGCAUUUUUAUUUUCAGCGUCAUGGGACAGCUAUGAAUGAGUCACAGUGGUGCUUUCAGAGUUAGUGUGACCAUCUGGUACUCAUUAUUGCAGGUAUGCGAGCCAUGCACGGGCGUGGAAGGAACAAAAUGUGUCCCAGUGGCGGCUUUCCAAUCAUAGUGUGCUUUUCUGCAUGACACCACAGUACUGUGACGAAAGUAUGUUAAAAUAAAUUUCACAGGCGCAGCAAAUUGA